AUGACCUCACGAGACCGGAAUUCUGAACCGAAGCGUCUACUUGGUUCUGAACUGAAGCGGCUGCCUAGUUCUGAACUGGAGCGUCUACCUAGUUCUGAAUCGAAGCGUCUACUUGGUUCUGAUCUGGAGCGUCUACCUAGUUCUGAUCUGGAGCGUCUACCUGGUUCUGACCUGGAGCGUCUACCUAGUUCUGAACUGGAGCGUCUACCUAGUUCUGAGCUGGAGCGUCUACCUAGUUCUGAACUGGAGCGUCUACCUAGUUCUGAAUCGAAGCGUCUACUUGGUUCUGAUCUGGAGCGUCUACCUAGUUCUGAAUGGACCGUCUACCUAGUUCUGAACCGAAGCGUCUGCCUAGUUCUGGGUCAACCUAUUUCUGAUCUGGAGCGUCAACCUAGUUCUGAUCUGGAGUGUCUACCUAGUUCUGAGCUGGAGCGUCUGCCUAUUUCUGAACUGGAGCGUCUACCUAGUUCUGAACCGAAGCGUCUAUUUGGUUCUGAUCUGGAGUGUCAACCUAGUUCUGAUCUGGAGCUUCAACCUAGUUCUGAUCUGGAGCGUCUACCUAGUUCUGAGCUGGAGCGUCUACCCAGUUCUGAUCUGGAGCGUCUCCCAACCGUGUUUGAUCCUCUCUAA